UAUUAGUUGACUUUCUUCAGAGAAGAGGAGUAACAUCGUAAAAAUGGCGACCCGUUUGUUAAAAAUUGGUUCUGUCCUGCGGAACUAUUCUAAUAAAACUAAUAUUGUCAGGAUUCCAAAACAAUGGGGAUCUACUGCUACUUCUUUGAAAGAAAUAUUAGUCAAUCAACCAGCAACCAAUGUUACAUUAUUAGACAAUGGCAUGAGAAUAGCUAGCGAAGAUAGUGGUGCACCAACAGCUACUGUCGGACUGUGGAUAGAUUCUGGAAGUCGAUUUGAAGAUGAUAAAAAUAAUGGUGUUGCACACUUUAUGGAGCACAUGGCUUUUAAGGGUACUACAAAACGCUCCCAAACUGAUUUAGAAUUAGAAAUUGAGAAUAUGGGUGCUCACCUUAAUGCAUAUACAAGUCGUGAACAGACUGUAUUUUAUGCUAAAUGUCUUUCACAAGAUGUUCCAAAAGCAAUUGAAAUUCUAAGUGAUAUUAUACAAAAUUCCAAACUUGGUGAAAGUGAAAUUGAAAGAGAACGUGGUGUUAUUUUAAGAGAAAUGCAAGAGGUUGAAACAAAUCUUCAAGAGGUCGUAUUUGAUCAUUUACAUGCUACAGCUUAUCAAGGCACUUCACUUGGAAGGACGAUACUUGGACCUACUGAAAAUAUUAAAAGUAUUACAAGAGAUGAUCUAAUCUCCUAUGUAAAAUCUCAUUAUGGUCCAGCAAGAUUUGUUUUAGCUGGUGCUGGUGGUGUAGAACAUCAACAAUUGGUAGAAUUGGCAAAUAAAUAUUUUAGCAAAAUGUCUCAACCACAAUAUGAAGAAAUUCCACCGUACAAACUACCAAACAGAUAUACUGGAUCAGAAAUAAGAGUUCGUGAUGAUAGUAUUCCACUUGCACAUGUUGCUAUAGCAAUUCAAGGUGUAGGUUGGGCUGAUGCAGAUAACAUUCCUCUUAUGGUUGCAAAUACCCUUAUGGGGGCAUGGGAUCGUAGUCAAGGAGGUGGAAUAAAUAAUGCUAGCAAUCUAGCCAAAGAAAGUACAGAAGAGGGAAUAUGCCAUAGUUAUCAAAGUUUUAAUACGUGUUAUAAGGAUACUGGGCUUUGGGGUAUUUAUUUCGUUUGCGAUCCAUUGAAGUGCGAAGAAUUUUCGUGGAGUGUCCAAAGAGAAUGGAUGCGUUUAUGUACAUCCGUUACAGAAAAAGAAGUAGCACGUGCAAAAAAUAUUCUUAAAACAAAUAUGCUAUUACAACUCGAUGGAACCACUGCAAUUUGUGAAGAUAUUGGUCGUCAAAUGCUUUGUUAUAAUCGACGUAUUCCACUACAUGAACUUGAAAUGAGGAUAGAGAGUGUCACUGCCAAAACCAUUCACGAGGUAGGGAUGAAAUAUAUUUAUGAUACUUGUCCAGUAAUUGCUGCAGUUGGUCCAGUAGAAAACUUACCAGAUUAUUCUACUAUUCGUUCUCGCAUGUACAUGAUGCGUGUAUAAAGUUAUUAAUAUGUAAUGAAAGAGUCGCCGUUCACGAUGUAUCCUUUAGUUCAAAUUUGUUAAUAAUAUAUUCGCAACAUGUAAUAACCUCCUAUUUAAAAAUUCGAAAAUCUUUGGAUAUUUAUUUUAAUCGAUAUCUUUAAAUUUUGCUUUUUAAUUAAAUUCUAAAAUAUCUUGUAAUGUUACUCUCCAUCUAUCAACGAAAUGCAAUGAAAUAAAAUAUCUCUAUAAAGUAUAUAAAUUA